AUGGCAUGUCUCCGCUAUGGCAAUGGCCCAGAGCGAGUUGAACUCUGGCAUUUGCGAGCGCCUCGGGCCGUGGCGUUGCCGAGCCAGGGCGGCCCCGCGAGCAGGAGCCAACACGAACACGGGUGGCGGCUGGAAGUGAAGGCUGGGAAGGCUGUGGCUAACAGGGCGUGGCCGGCCUGGCUCGCAACCGGCUUCGCUUCGAGCCUCCUUUCUCGGCGUCCUUUCCGGAGGUUUCUGAGAUCAGCAACGCUUCUCAAGGGGCUUGAGGAGAUUACCGAGUCCGAGAUCUGCUACGAGAACGGCCACAGAUACGAGAUUUUCUUCGACCAAGUCCUGGGGUCCGGAGCGCAGGGCACCGUGUACAGAGGACGAGCCGAAGAAGGCCAUCCUGUGGCCAUCAAGGUCAUCCCCACAUGGAGACUUGUCCUCGAGCCCGGGUUCGAGGAGAAGAAGCUGGCAUCGAUUAAUGGGGAGCUCGACACACUGAGAAUGCUUGGGAAGCACGACAACAUUGCUGGGCUGCUGUCCACGGCCACAGUGAAUAGCGUGGACCAUGCCGGAAAAGUCCGACCUCGUUACAAAGUCGUUGUCAUGGAGGUGGUGCAGGGCAAGGAGCUUGCAGAACACAUUGCGCUCCAAGGAGCUCUGAGAGAGUCGAUUGCUCGCCACAUCUUCCUGCAGGUUCUCGAUGGGCUCUCCUACAUGCACAGCCGUGGCAUCAUCCACCGGGACCUGAAACCGGAGAACGUGAUGGUCACUGGCGAUGUGAUCGACCAUCACAGCCGUGUCAAGCUGAUCGAUUUCGGAGUCGCCAAGUGCCUGGGCCACGGGCCGUUGAAGACUGUGGUUGGCACGCCGUCCAUCAUGGCACCAGAAGUUGCCAAAGCAAAGUUGGGACCCGUCAAUGCGGUCCAUGCAAGCUUUAGCUGGGACGGCCCGCAGCCAGGUGUGUCGGUCUUGUCACCCGCGGCUGACCCCAGGUCUGAGCCAUUCUUCUGUCCGAAGGUGGAUGUUUGGUCUGCUGGCAUUUGCUUGUACACCUGCCUGUCCGGAAAACUUCCGUUCAGGACGGAGAUGGAAAUCAUCAGGUCCGAAUAUGACAAGACUGCCCUUGCUAAUUGCUCGCAAGAAGCCAAAGAUCUUCUUGAAAGGAUGCUGGAGAAGGAUGUUUCAAAACGCCUGAGCAUUCAACAGUGCCUGGCCCACCCAUGGGCUCCCGAUAUGCUGGCCCUAGGCUGCACCAUCGACCUUGGCAAUGACUGGGACGCGCCCACGGACGGGCGCUGCCUUUCUCCGCCGAGGCUGCAGAGUGCUGGAGGGCAGCUGGAGGUGGACGAUGCCUGCGGCGAGCCUCUUUACAGGCCGCCCAAAGGCGAAGGCUGCCUUACGCUCGACUUCGGCCACGUUGCGGCUUCUGGCGGUGGGCUCCUGCGGAACGAGGAGUCGACGGGACGGGGAGCGCUUGCGGUCCUGGGAACGCUGCGACGCACUUACAACUGCACCCGUGUGGGAUACUCCGCUUCUUCGUCGCUGCAGUCAACUCUUGUAGAGCAGCCCAUCCAGAUGGUCAUCAGGAUGGGGCAGCAGAACUGUGGCUGUGGCCCGUGUGAGAAGGAUGAGAGUGAAGCCACAAGCCGAGUGGAGUAUGGUGGCGGGUCGGGAUAUGCCUUGGACAAGGCAGCAGAAGAGACCAUUUUCGAGCCACCCACGGCGCCUUUAUCGUUGAAAGGCUCCCCGAAGGCUUGGGGCCCAGUCGAGGCAGAAGCUUUGGCUACGGCAUUGGAAGACUCCAAGUCUUCGCUGAGCAAAGCUUGGGCCAAGUUUCGUGGUGAAUUUGGUGUGCAGGUGAACAUCUGGGGCAGCCUCGCCAUAGGAGGGCCUCAGCGAGGCACGAACUCCAAGCAGAAGGACCGAGAGGCCGCAAAGAAGGCCAUCGAGUCGGCUCUUGCCCAAUUUGAGUCCGACCCCUUCGAGGCAGCCAACUCACUCCAAACAGCGAUCGGCGGUCCCGCAGCGAAUGCUCUAAACAAUGCUACGCUUGCAGCUGCGAAGAACAUCCAGACGAUGACACUUCAAGCAGCAAGGAGAGAAGAGUUGACACGGCAGUCAAAAUGGCACCGCUGCAUUUGCAGCAACUGGUGCAAGAAUGCCGUCUUGACGCGAAAUUGGAUUCGACCGUGA